CAAUGGUUGACUGGCAUUUCCCUCACACUGAAGCUGGCAUUGCAGAAUCGCUGACAGACAACUGAGGACCUGGGUGCACAGGGACUCCCUGUGUAAUAACCACACCAGGACAGCACACUCACAGCCAGUAGCAAUGAGAAUGAGGAGCAAAUAUGCAAUUAUUCUGUUUUUUGUUGCUGCUCUUGUGAUCAUUGAGAAAGAAAACAAUAUCAUUUCAAGGGUUUCUGACAAGUUAACGUUGAAAUUCCCGCAGGUGGAUGUUGUGGGGUUAAACAACACCAUUUCAGCCCGGGUGCUGACAGAGAAUGACUCACUACUUGCGAGCACCAGCUCAUCUGUCCUGAACUGUGUAUUGCCACAGGCUGCCAUCAAGUGGGAAGACACACAGGAGCCUUCAGGUAGGAAGCACCUGAUCCUGAUGGCGACGACGAGGACAGGUUCGUCCUUCGUGGGAGAGUUCUUCAACCAGAACAGCAACAUCUUCUACCUGUUCGAGCCCCUGUGGCACGUAGAGAGGACAGUGACCUUCGAGCCGAAGGGCGCCAACGCGGUGGCCUCAUCCAUCGUCUACCGCGAUGUGGUGCAGCAGCUGAUGCUGUGCGACAUGUACGUGCUGGAGAACUUCCUACUGCCCAUGCCCGAUCGCCACGUCACCGCCUUCCUGUUCCGGCGUGGCUCUAGCCGGUCGCUGUGUGAGGGCCCCGUGUGCACACCGCCCAAGCGGGGCUCCAGCGAGCGCUUCCCGUGCCGUCUGCGCCGCUGCGGCCUACUCAACAUGACGCUGGCGAUGCAGGCCUGCCUGCAGAAGCAGCACGUUGCCAUGAAAACGGUGCGGCUGAGGCAGUUGGAGUUCCUGAGGCCACUGGUGGAAGACUUCCGCAUUGACCUGAGGGUAAUCCAGCUGGUGCGCGACCCCCGCGCCGUGCUGGCCUCCCGCAUGGUGGCCUUCCCCAGCAAGUACGAGGCCUGGAAGAAGUGGGCCGAUCAGGGGGUGGUGCCGGACGACGAGGAGCUCGGCAAACUGCGCGGCAACUGUGAGAACCUGCGGGCGUCGGCUCAGCUAGGCCUCAGUCAGCCCCCCUGGCUCAAGGACCGCUUCAUGCUGAUGCGGUAUGAGGAUGUCGCCUUGGAGCCCAUGAAGAAAGCGCACGAGAUGUACCGCUUCGCCGGCAUUCCCAUCACCUCGGAGGUGAAGAAGUGGAUCUACAUCAACACCCAGAGCUCGCCUGGCAGUGACAACCUCUACUCGACACAUAAGAACUCCUCGGAGCAGUUUGAGAAGUGGCGGCUCACCCUGCCCUUCAAGAUCGCCGAGGUGGUCCAGAAGGUGUGUGAACCAACCAUGAAACUCUUUGGCUACAAACUGGCCAAAGACGCGGAGACUCUAGCAAACCGAUCGGCCAGCCUGCUGGAAGAGAGGAGACACUUUGGAAUGGCUUAA